AAGUCUGAAAACCAGUAAUCUCUCCAAGAACUAACUGGACAAGCCACACACUAAAUUAUUUAUCAAUAUCAUUUAUUUCGUCCAUUCUUCAAUUUAGCAAAUAGCUUUUUUUAAUUCAAUCAUUUUCACAAAUACAGUUUCUGAAAACUUAUAAUUUUCUGAAACUCUAUUAUAUCUAAAUAAUUCCUUUUGAAAAAGAAUACAGACACACACACACUCACACACACACACACACACAUACACACAUACACUUACACACAUUUACACACACUAAAAGACACAGACAGAUACACAUUUCAAAAGACACAGACAGGUGCACAUUUUAACAGAAAUACAGAAAUUGGCAACAAGAAGCAGCCAAAGACAUUAGCAAAAUUACAACAAAUUUAAAUAUUAUAUGGAGAAAUUUGAAAAUUUAAAAACGGAUAUUUCAAAAAUAAAUUCAUAUUAAGAGAACGUAACCAAAAUAUACAGGUGUCUGAAAACAAUGCAUUCUAAGAAGGAAAGCAACCUAUGCCUCUCACUGCUUGUACUGCUCUGUUCAGUCAGCUUCUCAUUGGCUUUCCCUCACAUUCAACCAUUUUUCUUCCUAUGUAACAUUAAUGGACUAAGUAAAGACGUGGGUAUAGACAAAGGAGAGAUUUCUUUGAGUGUAUCAAUCAAAGGAAACCCAGAAUAUUAUGAACCGGGUAAUAUAUAUGAGAUUACCAUUCAAUCCAGUAACACAUUUGAUAAUUUUCUACUGACUGGCCUCUAUUCAAUAUCGGAGGAUGUACGUAAAAGGAUUCUAUAUAUGCCAGCAGCCCCUGGCUUACCUGUUCAAGGUGAAAGUUUCAUGUGUUCCACAAUUUAUUCACAUUCCAAUAAUACCCCAGAAUACCAGUUGCAGUUUCAAUGGAUUGCACCUCCAUCUGGAACAGGAUGCAUCAAUUUUCGUGCCACAGCAGCCCUCAGCAAUGUUUUGCUAUUCAAAGAUACCACAGUUCUUCAGCUCUGUGAAAAAGGAGAUCCUAGCGAUUCCAUGAGACCCAAACUAAUUUCCAUACAUACAAAGGAUUUUAUCUUAAGAGACAGCUUUGACGAUUCUUCCCAUUUUGAUACUUCACUCUGGUUAAAGAGUGAAGGCGCAGAAAUAAAUAAAUCCUGUGGAGUUGUGCUACAUGACAAAUCGGCUGUCUUCUGUUCUCCUGGAUUACGUAAAUUAGUGACAAUACCUUUAAACAUUACAAGUGCAGCAGUUAUCCAAUUUUCACUUUCUUCUGGAAAUUGUACUAAUGUCGGCCCUGUUGACAAUGAUAUUGUGUUUUCCUAUGGUAUUAAUGCCUGUUCCAAUUGGGUUGAAAUCGAAAGAAUUCCAGCACCAAACAGUUCUAAAACUAUAACACAUCUUGUAAGAAUACCUGUUGAAGCACGUCAAAAUGAUGUGUGUUUAAGCUGGUCACAGGAGCCAGUUACAUCUGUAGAAACUCAAGUAAAAACACAGGUUCUAAAAAAGAAGGCAAUCACUCUUCUUAAAAAUAUAACUUUAGCUCACACAAACUGUUGGGCAAUGGACAACGUGUUGAUACCAAAUUUGGCAUAUACACCUACUAAAAUUGAAGAGACUUUUGAACCAAUUUCAACUGAUGAUUGGCUUUUCUUUCCAGGUGCAAAACUUGGGCAUAAAUGUCGAUCACAAGGGGAUGCUAUGUAUUUCGACAGUAAUCAACAACAUAGCUAUGUCGUUAGUCAAGAUGUGGAUCUUUCUGACUUCUCUCCUCACCAGGAUUUAACAUUGGUAGAAGACUUUGAAGGGAAUAUUACCAGAACAAAUUGGCUGUUAGAAGGUGUCCAUUCAGGAACCCUUUGUGAAAAAUUACACGAAGGGAAAUCUUUGAUAUUCGGUGGCAGAGGGAAAAGAAGAGCCUGCACACCUUAUAUGGAUAUGCUAAAAUCAGACAAUAUAAAAUUUUAUCUGUCAUUUGGUACAGAAAAGUGUACUGGAGUAAAAAAUGACACAGCCCAAGUGUUUCUGUAUCAAGAAUCAGUCAACUCAGAAACGAUCAUAUUAGCAAGCUACAAACCAACUUUCUAUCAGUCACCUGUUUUGAAUUCAGUUACCAUCAAACCUGAACACAGACGGUCUGUUUCAAAAAUUUGUUGGGAACAAAAGUACUACAGAGAUGAAGAUUCUGAUGUCUGGGCAAUUGACAGUGUUCAAAUAUCCCCUCACAUAGACCCAGAUUAUUCAAAUGGAAAGGACAAAUAUGUACAAUUCAGUUUGAAUAUGAUGUGUGGUUUUGAUUUAACACACAACAGAGUAGACCUAGAAUUCUCUACUGACCAUGGUCUAACUUGGAAUAAAUUACAUGAUCACUGUUUACCUGGAACCUGUAAUGGUCAGUUCAUGUCAUUACAUACUUCUUAUGAAACAUCGGAUUUUGACCUCUGGAAACGGUUUACAUUACCUCUUCCAAAUGGUGCCAUGAUGCCUUAUGUGAGGUUUAGAUGGAAAAAGACUUCAAGAGGUGCUGCCAACUGGGCACUAGAUAAUGUCUACAUCGGUACCUGUCCAGAAGGAUGUAACAACCAUGGUCUAUGCCGUGGAGAUUCUUGUGAAUGUGAUUUUGGUUUUUCUGGAGAAUCUUGUGCCCUCCCUGUAGUACCUAACCCAUCAUUGUUACUAGAGAUGUUUGUUUCACCAACUGUUCUACAAAGUUCUUCACAGCUGGAAGCUAAAGGAGCAGAGCUGAAUUAUAAAUGUGGAGUACUCUCAACUGGAAAGGCACUUGUUUUCAACAAAGAUGGUCGUCGAGAACUAGUGACAAUUGACAUGAACACGACUACAAUUAGAUUUUUACAGUUCCACAUACGUGUUGGCAGCAACUCUUAUAUAUCUGAAUGCCGCCCUCCUGAUAGAAUGUCGGAGUCAGUUUUUCUGGAAUAUUCUUGCAAUGGCGGCAUAACUUGGGAUUUACUUACAAUGUUUGCAGACGAAAUGUAUAAAACACCACAGAUGGUUUCUGUUGAGCUACCCAAAGCUGCCAAGGAGGAUGGAUGCCGUUUCCGCUGGUACCAGCCAAAUCACUCAGGAAGUCGUCAAGAUGUUUGGGCAUUAGAUGACAUCAUAUUGAAUAACCUUUUAUUUCAUACACUAGACAUAGAAACCAAAGACCUUGAGAGGGAAUUCUAUGAACUAACAGCAUCACAAGGAAAACUUAUUGAUACUUACUGUGACAUGCCAAAGCCAAUUGGCUUUGUUGAUGAGCCAAAAGUUGGAGAAAAACGCUACAUUAUGACCAGUGCAAUGAAAAUUGGUGCUUCCUACAUGAUACAGUUUAAUAUAUCACUGGGUUGUGGCAUCCCAUAUGUACCAGGUUUGGACAAUGUAGUACGACUGGAAUAUUCUAUUGAUCAUGGUCUCACAUGGAGUCUUGUUGAGAAAGCUUGUCUCCCACCAGAACGAUGUGAAGAGUACAAUGCAGGGACUGUAUAUGAUUAUUUUGAGUAUCCUAUGUGGAGUAGAAUCACAAUACUUUUACCUCCUGAUACUUGGUCUCGUGCAACUAAAUUCCGUUUAAUUCAAAAUGAGUGGAGCCCCACAGAUACAUGGGCCGUUGAUAGACUAUACAUUGGGCAACAAUGUCCUCACAUGUGUCAUGGUCAUGGCAUUUGUGACAAAGGAAUAUGCAGAUGUGAUUCUGGUUUUCGUCGAGCAAGUUGUGAACCAUCUAAAAUUGCUAAAAAUGGUAUACAAGCUGAUUUUGGGUCAACUUAUAGUCCUGAAAAUGACUUCAGAAUCAAAGGUGGAGAUACUGUGAGUGGUUAUGAAGGAUGUGGCACAAUUCUGUCUGGAGAAUCAAUGUAUUUCUACAAGGAUGGAAUCAGAGUACUGACAACUGAUGACCUAUAUACUUUAGAUGAUGACUACAUCCAAUUCUACAUUCAAAUUGGUGGCAAUGCCAAGAACUGCAAUGGUGCUAAUGAUCCAAAAGAAGGUGUUUUGCUGCAGUAUUCCACAAAUGCAGGUAUUUCUUGGAAGACACUUGAAGAACUUGUCUACAAUGAAUAUCGAGAACCAAAGUUUGUACAUGUCAGGCUACCCAAAGAGGCCAAAACUGACAGUACACGUUUCCGCUGGUGGCAGCCAAUGCAUUCAGGAGAAGGUACUGAUCAGUGGGCAGUAGAUGGUAUUUACAUUGGGUUCUAUGAAAAGUUGACCACUCUACAAGAUAACUUCAAUAGAUUAUCUGAUCUGUAUACUCUUGGCCCUUGGCUCACAGUAACAGAUGGUGUCAAUGGUAUGUACUGCAAAAGCAAUAGUUCUGCACUUAUUCUAGCUAACCAAGAAAAUGAUAAACUUAUAAUUACAAAAGACAUGAACCUGAAGGAAGGAGACACCAUUCAGUUUAAGAUUAAUGUCGACUGUAAUAAAAAAUUUCAAUGGGACCAUCCUGUAUGGUUUCAAUACAGUCAUGAUAAUGGAAAUUCCUGGAAAUUGGUAUCUAGCCAAUGCUAUGAUGAAGGUGAAUGUGGUGGUGAGUUAACAGAGGGAACUAUUUACCAUUCUGGUACCUAUGGUGACUGGAGAUUAGUUGUAAUUCCUGUAACAGAAGAAAUAGCAUCCAGACCAGUUUUGUUCCGUUGGUGGCAACGUGGAGGAACAGCCCAUAGCUUUUCUCUUGAUGAUGUCUACAUUGGUCCUUCAUGCCUUGAUCGAUGUAAUCGAAAUGGUAUAUGUCAAUCCCAACAUCGAUCAGUAGAAUGCAAAUGUGAAGAAGGCACACAAGGUCGUAAUUGCCAUGAGAUACAAAACAACCCACUUGGAAUAAUUGACAGGUUUGAUAAUCGAAACGAACCGAAUGAAUUGUGGCAACGAACAACUGGAUCUAUGUUAGGAACCAUGUGUGGCGUUAUUGACAAUGAAAAUGCCUUGUUCUUUCCUGCUGACGGAACACGAGAGGCUGUAACUCUUCCACUUGACACAACGCAUCUCAGGUUGGUGCAGUUCCAGGUUUCUAUUGGUGACAUAAAUGGUAACAAAGUGUGUAAGAAACCUAGGAAUAGAAAUGAAGCUGUGAUCCUUGACUAUUCUACAGACAAUGAAAUCACCUGGACAAUGUUGAAAGUUGUUGAACCAAGUAUGUAUACUAGUUCCAAUGAAAUUGUCAGUGUUGAAUUACCUGUUGAUGCAAAAACCAAUCGAACUAUAUUCAGAUGGUGGCAACCACUUGGAUAUGGAGGAUUACCAAGGGCAGUUUGGGGAAUUGACAGUGUACUGGUUGGAGUGAAUGACACAAGUGCAUUGGGCUUUCAAGAUGAUUUUAAUGGCCAAAAUCCUAACCCUCAAUCCUGGUUUAUUACACAAAGUGGUGUCCCAAGAAUAAGUUGUCGAUCUAAUGGUCAUGCUUUGGAAUUCAGCCGAAAUAAUGAGAAACGAUAUGCCGAGACAUGGGACUACCACAUAACACCCUCCACUUUCCUCCAGUUUGAUAUCUCGAUGGGCUGUGGUACACUAUACAACACAUUAUACAGCGUAAAGCUGGAAUAUUCUAUAGACACAGGCAAGACAUGGCACUCUGUUAUAGAUGAGUGUGCACCACCAAAGUUUAUUUGUAAUGGCUACCAUUUAAGUAGCCAAUAUGUUUCAGAACAACAUAUCAACUGGACUCGUAUUACUAUCUAUCUUCCUGCUGCCUCAAUUUCUCCAAACACCAGAUUCCGGUGGUUUCAGCACACCGAAAGUCCUCGAGGUGAUAUUUGGGCCUUGGAUAAUGUAUAUCUAGGAGCAGGUUGUCCUUGGUUAUGUUCAGGCCAUGGCUACUGUGAUCAAGGGAAAUGUAUAUGUGAUAAGGGUUUUCUGCCACCCAAUUGCGUACCUGAAAAAACUCUACGAAUGAAUCUAAGAGACGAUUUUAGUUCUGAAAGUCUUGACUACAAUAAAUGGCAAGAAUUAUAUGGAGGUGAAGUUUCUGACAUAUGUGGCCACUUGGUAUCAGGAAAUUCCUUAGUAUUUGCAAAGGAUUUACUACGGCUUGUUGUCACAGAGAAUAUGGACACAACCAUGAUUAACAAUAUUGAGUUCUUCUUCAAAUAUGCUUGCAAGGGAGAAUCACUUGCAUGGCCACGUCGGGAGAGUGUACUGCUGCAAUACUCUAUUAAUGGUGGCAUCACGUGGCAUUUACUACAGGAAAUCCAUUACAAGAAUGACUCCAACACACGCUUCUUCAGUGUAUUUUUACCUCCAUUAGCCAAAGCCAAUGCAACAAAAUUCAGAUUCUGGCAACCAAAGCAUGGAGGUUCAAUGAAGUCAACAUGGGCAAUAGAUAACUUUUUUGUUGGAACUAUGACACUCAACCCAAACAUGCUUGAUGACAAAUUUGAAAAACCAUCAUUAGAUCAAGGUCUGUGGCAGUUUUCAAACAAUGGAAAACUUGGGUCAUAUUGUGAAUUCAGCAGACGGGAAAGCACUCGAACUGCAGGCAGCUCAGCUUUGGUAUUCAAAAGGGGAACUGGAGAACAUUCUAUUGUUACGAGAGAUUUGGAUAUUGGACCUAUGUCAGUUGUGCAAUUUGAUAUCAAUGUUGGUUGUGGUGCCAGUUCAACUCACAAAUAUCCUGUACGUCUGGAAUAUUCUGUAAAUGGUGGUAAAACAUGGCAGUUGAUUGUUCCUAAUUGUGCUGAUUAUGCUUUGGCUCGUUGUGAUGACCAAACACAACCAACAUCGAUAUAUUAUUCUGGCACAACCAAAUAUUGGAGAAGAAUUAUCAUUCCUUUAGAUGGACUUCAUGCUUGUGGUGCUAUUCGCUUCCGUUGGACACAAGGAUACAUUCCUCACUUUGACUAUGCCCCAGAGUGGGCUAUUGAUAAUGUGUUUAUUGGAAUGAUGUGCCUUAGUAAUUGCAAUGGACAUGGAAGUUGCGGGAGCUCAAUGUUGUGUGAAUGUGAUGAGGGUUAUGGAGGAGACAGCUGCACUCCCCUCCAACAACACCCCACCUCUAUGAAAGAAGAGUUUAAGGAACCAGUGCUGGGUGGAUCAAGUGCAGUUCGAGAUUACUUUCAGAAACCAUCUUCACAGUUGCUUGAAGCACAAACUGCAUUGGAUGAGAAAAAAUGGUCUAUUUGGAGCAAUGGCCGUAUUACACCUAAAGAGUGUGGUCUUUUAAUCAGAGGUGCAAGUCUGUACUUUGGAGAAAAUGGUGACAGAGUUCUUAUUAGCAAAGACCUAGAUUUGUCUCGUGUCAGUAUUGUUCAAUUCUUCCUGCGACUUGGUUGUAAAGCCUCUCCUCCCAGCACAGGUACCCCUCCAGUGUAUGUCCAAUAUUCAGUCGAUGGUGGAAUUACAUGGCAUACCUUUGAGCAAUUUGACUUUUCCUAUGAAAGUAACAAACCUGAAUACAUUGUUCUUCAUCUGCCUGAGAAAGCUCGAACAAAUUCUACCCAGCUGCAAUGGUGGCAGCCAUCAACCGAUGGUACUUUCACUGAACAAUGGGCAGUCGAUCAGAUUUAUGUUGGUGGAGAUAUUGAUGGCACUGAAAUGCUUCUGGAUGAACCAACGAUUCCUCAAGACACAAACUGGCUGCUUUAUCCUGGAGGAGAAAUUAAAAAAGUCUGUGGGUCUGUUACAGAUGCCCUCUCCUUUGAAGAUGAAGGUAAUAUGAGGUAUGCAAUAUCCAGAGAUGUGACCACCUAUUCGGGGGCAUUCAUUCAAUUUGAACUUUCAAUGGGUUGCAAAGACACUAAACAAUGCUAUGGUAUGGAUCUUCAGUUUUCUCUGGAUAUGGGAGUCACAUGGGAACUUUUUCAGACUGCCUGCACUCCUUCCGAUAUAGACUGUGCCAGCUAUCAUCAGAGCAGUCGAUUUAUGUCUGAUAUUUACCAUGGAUGGAAUAGAAUUACAUUGCCUGUCCCUUAUUAUGCAAAAUCCAAGUCAACAAGAUUCCGUUGGAUCCAACAUGCUCCUUUCAAUAAACAGCAUCAUUGGGCACUUCGAGUGCUCUACAUUGGCAAAAGAUGCCCUCAGUUAUGCAGUGGUCAUGGUAAUUGCAUUGGACAUGUUUGCAGAUGUGAUAGUAAUUGGCAAGAAGAAGACUGCCAUAAACCAAAGAACCCACUGCCAACCAUUCUGAAAGACUCUUUUAUGGACGCAGACAUAUCAGCUCAGAAUUGGUUAAAAAUUGCUGGAGCAAAGAUAACUAAUACUUGCACAAAUCUAGCCUCAGGAAUGGCAAUACAUUUUAUUGGAGGCUGCAGUCGAAUUCUCAUCAGUACAGAUUUAGAUUUGAGAGAUUCAAAAUUCAUUCAGUUCUAUUUCAUGUUUGGUUGCAACACAGCUCCCCUGAUUCGAAACCAAGGGGUCCUUGUUGACUAUUCAGCAGAUGGUGGUAUUUCUUGGUCCCAUAUAACAGAACUUUACUACAACCAAUACAAAGCACCAAAGUUCGUCAACAUAAAAAUUCCUCAGGGAGCCAGAAAGGAAGGGGUACGUGUACGCUGGUGGCAGCCUGAGAAUGAUGGCAAACUUCUUCGGGAUUGGGCAUUGGAUGACAUUGUAAUUGGCGGCAACAUGGUGAACCCUGUAAAUGUAACAAGUAAUUUUACAACUGAUUUUAUUGAACAUGAAUGGUUGACCACCAACAAUCUGGAAAUUGGGGAAUAUUGUGGGAAAGCUGAAUCAGCUGUAGCAAAACCAGUUGCUGGUGAAGGAGCCAAACUGACAACCCGUGAUGUCAAAAUAGAAGAUGAUUACAUACUUCAAUUCUCGAUCAAUGUUGGAUGUGGGGCACCAUGGAAUAGCUCCAUUUCUCCAGUUCACCUGCAAUAUUCUGUAAACUACGGUAAAAACUGGUAUUAUGUUACUCCCCAAUGUAUGACUAAGGACCCCCAAUGUAACACAGAAGCUUCAGUCAAGACUGUUUAUUACUCAACUUUUGGCUGGCAACGAGUCAUUAUCCCUCUUACAGGACAUGUUGUAUCAAGUGCCACACGUUUCCAGUGGUUCCAAAACAUGCCUGGUCAACAGGAAGACUCCAAAGAUGGCAAGGAAUGGGCCAUUCGAGAUAUCUAUAUUGGCAAAGCAUGUGUAGAUAUGUGUCAUGGCCACGGGUUUUGUGACAAUGGCCAGUGUAUCUGUGAUGAAGGAUAUAUGUGGGCUACAUGUCACCCAAUGGGAUACUUUUAUCAACCAACUCAGCUUAAAGACACAUUCAAUGAGCCAAAUAUAAACAGAAGUAACUGGUUCCUUGUGCAAGGAGCAGCUAUCUACAAUGCCUGUACAGAGCUUGUUGAUGGAACGGCAUUGGUGUUCUCAGGAAAAGGCAUGCGAUUGGCUGAAACCUGGGAUUUGGAUCUCAGAGAUGCUAUAUUCAUAAUGUAUACUGCCAUAAUUGGAGGCACUCAGAAAAAUGGUGAAUGUGCUGUACCCAAUUCUAGAAGCCAAAGUGUCAUACUACAAUAUUCUAUCAAUGGUGGUAUCAUUUGGGACACAAUUUAUACUCUUGACUACCAAUAUUACCAACAUCCAAAAACAGACCAUCUAAAGUUGCCCUUCUCUGCUAGAACAGGCAGUACGCGUAUUCGAUGGUGGCAGCCCAUGCCUCUUGAUAACUUAGAAGUAUUUCCCAGCUGGGCUCUGGACAAUGUUUAUAUUGGGGGAUCAGAAAUUAAUCCUAGCUUACUUUGGUUAAAUUUUACUCAAGGUAUGCAUGAACUAUGGUCUAACUGGGAGUUUUCUCCACGCGGUCAAGUCAGCAAAGAUUUCUGUUACAAAACUGAACAUUCUCUUACUUGGAACAAUGACAAAAGAGAGAAAAGUUUAACUACAAAUCAACUUAUUGUUCAGGAAGAUUCCAUGCUCCAAUUUAAGAUUGCUAUUGGGUGUAAUAAUAAAUUCAACAGCUGCAUUCCAAAUAGCCCUGUACAUCUUGAAUUCAGGAAGAAUCCAAGCGUUGGGAAAUGGGAACACCUAUUACCCAUUUGCUUACCAGAUAACAAUGUCUUGAUGAGCUGCCGGCCUCACAUACACCACAAAGCAAGUAUAAUGUAUGCUGAUGAAUAUCCAACUUGGACAAGGUACACUUUGAAAUUACCAGACAAAGCACAUUCAAGCUCCACACAAAUACGUUGGGUCCAGAAACAUGUGGAAGGAGCAGUAUCACCACCAUGGGCCCUUGAUGAGAUUUACAUUGGAGAGACAUGUCCAGAUAUGUGCAAUGGCCGCGGAGAUUGUAGAAAGGGUCGGUGCUUCUGUGAACCAGGAACAGUUGGUACAACUUGUGCUCCAGAUCAGGCCAAGCUCUUACAAAGACUAACUGAUUCCUUUGAAGGCUCCAUUAUUACCCAUUAUUGGGAAUCAAUUAAAGGAGGUGGUAUAGGACUAGGUUGUGGUGCUCUUUAUCCUUAUGCACAUGGAAAGUCUUUGUAUUUCAAUGGCUGUGGACAACGACAUGUCAUCACACAACCGAUGAACCUCUUUACAGGAGGGAAAAUCAUAUUUAUUUUACAAAUUGGCUGUCAUUCUCAGACAGAAGAAUGCAAUAUUAACUUGCAAAAUAAAACUCACUUCCGUGGAGUUCUUUUACAAUACAGCAUUAACAAGGGUGUAGAAUGGAAACUUCUGGCAAGACAUGAACCCAGCGAUUACUUGAACCCUAAGAGAGUUGCUUAUGACAUCCCAAGUAAAGUAGGGGUUCAAUUUCGUUGGUGGCAGCCAGAACAUGGUGGAAAGGGACACGACCAAUGGGCCAUUGACAAUGUAGAAAUAUUAGCAGUAAAGAACAGAAAAAACCAACCCCAUUUGAGUCGCUGAAGAAAGAGAUCCCAUAAAAAAAAUUUUAGCAGUUCUGCCAGUGACACAGGAUGUUCUGAACCAAGAAAAGUCCCAAGUGUAAACUAUAAAAGUAGGAAAUCAAUGACCCUUGAUAAAAUAUUGUAAAUAAUCAAAUAUAUAAAAAAAAUUACUUUAUACAAAA